CAGAGGAUUGGGAAACCCAUUUUAACUCACUUAAAGUAAAAUAUUUUCUCAUAAAGCAGAGAGGCAAAACCACCUGCCUCCUUUCUCCCCCCAAGUAACAUAAAUAGCAAAAUAGUUACGUGAGAGGAUGUGUUUCUGGAAGUGCUAUCUGUCCAGUAUGGGAGUAUUGUGGCAUGGGCCCUAGCUGGAAAUGACACAUUGGCAAAGGUGUAGUGAGGGGUGAGGGCUGCUGGGAUGGAUGUUUAAAACCAUUUUUGAGUGCCGAGGGUAAAAUCGUUGCUCCUGUCCAACAGGUUUGAAUCACUGAGCAAUUAACGUUGAGCAGUCAUUCACCAGGACCCUGAGGGGAGGAUUUCAGUGAGGUCAGGAAGCACGUUGGUGGCUCAAGGACCGAAAAUACUUCUCCAGCAGGCGUUUGGAUUUAUGACACGAGUUGCUCUACAGGCAGAGAAGAUGAAUCACCACCCAGAAUGGUUCAACGUCUACAGCAAGGUUCAGAUCACCCUCAUUUCCCAUGACUGUGGCGGACUGACCAAGAGAGACGUGAAGCUGGCUCAAUUCAUUGACAAGGCUGCUGCCUCUGUAUAGUGCAGAGUGCCUUUCCCCACUGAAGGGGUGGAUCUCACUGGUAUAAGUGGCUUCAAGUCAAGCUGUGAUGUCUCCUAUUCCUGGUAGAGGAGUGAAACGAGUCUCACCCAAUGUUUGGAUGACGUCUGCAGUGAACGGUGCAAACUCUGCUGUUAGAAAUUGAUACAGAAUGCCAAUGCUUUGCAUCAAGCCAAUAAAAUCAAAUUCCUUCUUUGUAA